GUUCAAACCAGCGAGCGGGAUGGCGGCGGCGUCGUCCGUGUUACAAUCGCGCGAACUAGUGACGGCAGUGUUGGCGUACCAGCAUGGUAUCUACCCAGACAUGCGUCCGUUCGUUGGCUUGAAGAGUCCGUUUCAAAACCCGAUGUCCCUCCGCGUGGUGACGGUCGAAGGCCGGCAUCCCACCGAUGUCGCGUUCGCCGCCAUCCACGACGUGAUGGCGGCAUGGUACGCUUCCGUAGGUCACUCGCGCGUGUGGAAGCUCUUUGCGUCGUUGCCCCACAUGCGAGACAUUCUGAUCUUGGACGCUGUGUACAACGGGGAUGUCUCCGUGUUGGAACUGCUCCAUGCGUCGGAUGCAAAGUUGCUGCAGUCGAUGGCACAUCCGUUGUUAGAUUUGGCAGCCCUGAACGGCCAAGUGGAUGUGCUGGCGUUCCUCCAUCUCGUCGUGGGUCACACCGGAUGCACGUCGUUGGCCAUGGAUGUUGCCGCGCAAUAUGGACAUUUGGAGGUCGUGCGAUUCCUUCACGACCACCGCACCGAGGGGUGCUCUGUAUGGGCUAUGAAUGGCGCGGCAGAGAAUGGACAUUUGGAAGUCGUGACGUUUUUACAUACCCAUCGCGCCGAGUCGAGCCUCGAGUGGGCGCUGGAGUACGCCGCUGCGGACGGGAGGCUGGCGGUCGCUAUGUAUUUAAGCGAAGCAUUGGGCACGGACGACGAGUGUUCGACCCGCGCGAUGGACGGGGCGGCUCGCAAUGGCCAUUUGGCGAUGGUCCAAUAUUUACACCACAAGCGAUACGAUGGAUGUACGGCCGGAGCGAUGGAUUGGGCGGCGGGGUAUGGUCAUCUGGAGGUCGUCCAGUGGCUCCACGCGAACCGAAGGGAAGGGUGUACGACCUCGGCAAUGGACAUGGCGAGUGCCAAAGGCCAUCUCGAGGUCGUCCAAUGGCUACAUGAACACCGAAGUGAAGGGUGUACGACCUCGGCAAUGGACGACGCGGCCGCAAAUGGCCAUCUGGAGAUUGUCCAAUGGCUCGACAAGCACCGACGAGAAGGAGCCACGGAAUGGGCGCUCACUUGGGCAGCAGAGAGAGGACAUUUGGAAGUGGUGACGUUUCUCGUCACCCACCGGCACGAAGGUCACGUCGCCGACGCACUCGCCAUGGCGACGAAUUCAACCGAGCGGGGACGUGGCGUCCAACAUGUGAUUGCGUACUUACACUCUCAAGUACUACCUGCGCCAUAAUAGUAUUAUUUGAGAAAUCGUGUGUUUUUUCGCAUUUAAAUUCAUACAUUUUGUUCUGAA